UGACGUCAUUGGCGUACUAAGGGUUUGGGGGGAUCGGAACGUGACCUACGCAGGAGAUGUCGACAAGAUGACAGCGGCCGUAUGACGACGCUGGCUGGCUGGCUACGCCGUUGUGCCCGCCACGAGAUAACCGAGAAGACGUCGCACCGCACCUUGGUGGUGCGACAAGUGCGGCUACGAAGAGAGUGCAACGAGAGAGCGAAGAGUACGCGAGACUUGACACCGUCGUCAUCGUCGUGAGUGCCGCGCCCCCGUGCGAUGCGCACAACGGCACCGUGAGUGCUGGCUGGCGGAGUGUUGCUGGGACUUGUCCCUGGAGGAGUCGCCGACGAGGAGUACCGCAUCCACGCGUCCGGAGGCAUGAGCGUGUUCGGGGACUUUCAGCGUGUCUGGGUGCAGCGGUUCCCGGACAGCGCCUUGCCGGCCGCCUGGGAAGAGGACGUUAGAGCGAACCUCGUCAAGCACAAGCAGAAGGUGACAGCUUUGAGAGAAGAACUUGAAAAGGAAGAAUUUUACGUAGAGUAUCUAGAAAGAUUACUGGCUGAUGUCGAACGACACAAGCAACUGGCUAACAAUAUCAAUUUAAAUGCAAGUAUAUCUGAAAACAAACAGGAAGCAACGGAACUGCAGUCUCAACAGGAUUCUCAAACAGUGGAAAAUAACUUGACGGACUCUUCAAAUCCGACGAAUGUCGGAUCGUCCGCGCCUUUGACAGAACGAGAUGACAUUAGCAAAUUUCAGGACAAGUGCGUGUCUGAAUUGAGUUCAACUCUCGGCGCAGCUGGCAAGAGACCCAAGAGCGAAAUACCGAAGAGUCCGGAGAAAGUGCCUGAGCUUAGGAGAAACAGUGAUCCAGACGUGCCAAGUAAUUAUGUUACAGUAAUCGAAGUCACUGGAAGCUCGAAAAAAGAUAAAAAUGAGGAUUCUCUCAAGGAGGAGGAUGAGAAAGACUUAGAAAAGGCAAUCAACGAGGAUGACGAGGAUGGCGACGCAGAAGCAUCAGAAGAGGAGCCUUAUUACGAUUCAGUAGCUUUGGAUCAAACUGGAGAAUACGUCUAUAUUGAUGCGCGCGUUCCCACUGUCAACAGCAAUAAUGGUAACAAAGCGGCGCCUCGAAGACCCCCGUCACUGCCAGAUUCGCCGGGCAAUCAGAGUAAUUAUGUCAACAUCGAUUAUUUUAUACAACACAGAGCGGCGAUGGACAGCGAAGACGAGGAAGGUGCCAGUCCGGCACCUCCGAUCUUGCUGCGAGCUCUCAGCACGGACAACGAAACCGGCAGCAGUGACGCUGAACCAUUGAGUUUGAGCGAGGGUAGCCUGGAAUCACCGACUCCGACGACACCGCGUAGACAGGAGAAGAGCAAGGAUCGCGAGGACGAUAGAACAUCGAUGGUCAAGUGUAUCGUGAAUUCGGUAGUAGAGAGCGAAGCUGUAUAUGUGGAGUGUUUAACUGUGAUGUUACAAUAUAUGAAAGCUAUUAGGGCAACUUUAACGACAUCUCAACCAGUCAUCUCGGAGGAGGAAUUUGGAACAAUGUUCUACAAGAUUCCAGAACUACAUGCUCUGCAUCAGACGUUUCUGGACGGUCUUCGAAAGAAGACAGAGAAAUGGGACAGUAAAACUAAUAUAGGAGAACAAUUUAAGGUUAUGGCCAGUAAUAUAGGAUUAUAUGGUGCAUUUUUACACAAUUAUGGUCGUGCAACUGACACCGUGCGACGAUGUUCUACCAAUUCCACUCAAUUUGGAGAGAUUACUAGAGACAUAAGACUCAGAGGUUUCCCAAAGGGUCCGGGUUUGUCGUUAGAAGAUCUGUUACAUAAGCCAGUUGCUCGAGUGCAAAAGAAUGCUUUAGUUUUACAUGAUCUUUUGAAGCAUACGCCAGUUAAUCAUGCGGAUCACGCACCUCUGUCAGAAGCUCUGGCUAUGACCAGGAAUUUCUUAGAUGAGUUUAAUAUUAUUCAGACAAAGUCCAUGUUUCCGAGUCACGACAGAGCUCAACGAAGAUUGGUGAAGAAUUCGUUUGUAGUCGAACUCUCGGAUGGUCACAGAAAGCUGAGACACCUUUUUCUCUUUAACGACGUAAUCGCCUGUGCGAAGUAUAAAGCAUCCGGCAGAGAUAAAUUCACGUUCGAAUUAAAGUGGUAUGUCCCCGUCGCGGAAGCGACUGUUACGGAGGACGGCGUAGAGCCACGCGAAGCCAGCCCCGCUAAUGUUGUAGCUUUGAGGUCUCAAGCGUGUACAGUACGCGAUCAGAUACUGUGGGAGGAACGGAACGACGAGAAGCGAAUUCGACUAGGUGGAAGAGGCUCGGAGAAGAAUCGGAAAAAACUCGCUGAACUCGAGGCGCAGUUGGUAUUAGCUUCGCCGAACUUGGUUCUACGUGUCGCGCAUAAGAGCCAACAAAACCGAGUGCAGAAUUCCUAUACCUUCUUUUUGUCCAGUGAAUUUGAGCGUUCCCAAUGGGUGGAGGCGGUGGAUGCAUUGCAGCAGGGCGGACAGCCACCAGGACAGCUACCAUUGUCGAUGUACGAAUUACAAGCUUGGGUCACCGCUUGUCGGACGUUUCUGCAAACGGAUAUGGGCAGCUAUUUGUUGAGAUCUGGACGCGACGAAAGCUUGCUGCUAGGUGAUCUUCAUCUAACACUGCUUGGUCUAACUCCGCCAGGUUUAGACAGAGUGAGUGACUUAUAUAUCAUCGUGGAAGUCGACAGCUAUGGACACUACUUUAAGAGAGCACGAAGUCGCGUCGCCAAAGGUCAAGCUCCGCUUUGGGGUGAGACUUUUGUAGUAGAAUUGGAAGGAAGUCAGAAUGUUAGAAUCUUGUUGUACGAGGAGUGCGGUACACGCUCGUUAUUACGAGGCAAGUGCAUUCAGAGGUUGAGCAGAUCUUGGCUGCAAUCUGAUCAGGUGGAGAGAUCAUUGAACUUGGGACCCACUUCAUUAGAUGUAGGGCUACGUUUUGUUCCCAGUGAGGUCACUCUGCGGCGAGUGCCUUCGGCCAAACCGCAAGGUUUAUUUGGUGCCAAGAUCCAGCAAGUGUGCAAACGAGAAAAGCGCGACGUGCCUUUCAUCAUAACGGCAUGCGUGAGAGAAGUAGAAAGACGAGGUGUAGGCGAGGUAGGCUUGUAUCGCGUUUCUGGUUCUGCAUCCGACGUAGCGAGGCUACGCAAGUCGUUCGAGAGCAACUCGUAUGAAGCGGAACAGCUGCUUAAAGAGGUCGAUGUGCAUUCGGUGACGGGUGUGCUAAAGUUGUACCUGCGCGAAAUGCCGGAAGCGCUCUUCACCGACGCUCUUUAUCCGGCGUUCUUGGAAGCCUUCCAAACGGGUGAUCUGUCACGAGGCGCUGCUUUACGCCGCGUUUACGACGGUCUACCUGCUGUCAAUAAAGCGGUGAUCGAUUUUCUACUAGCGCAUCUCGCUCGCGUGAACAAACACGAGGCGCAGAACAAGAUGUCACUGCACAACUUGGCCACAGUGUUUGGACCCACGUUACUACGACCCGGUACCAGUAAUUCGCGUAGCGAUGCCAAAAGUCGCGAUCCGCUCGCCGCUGGUACUGUCGACGUGAUGGCGCAAGCUGGCAUUCUCUAUUGUUUCCUGCAGUUACAUAUGCAACAACAAAACAAUCAAUCGCUCUAGUCGACAAAGCCUUUCGGUUCUUUAGAAUCCGAAUUUCGCGGUUAACGUCGUUCAAUUUGAAAUUGACAUUAGUUUUGCGCAACUUCUCCUGCAAUGCUGAGCUAGAGACCAGACAUGUAUUAAACGAAUAGACUGGCUUGGAUGGAAUCCUCUACAUGAAACUUUUGUAUUCCAUAUAUGUGCAAAGUAACAUAGCAGAGCUGCUCUUAUAGAACGAUAUAUAAAGCGUAAUAAUAAUAAUAAUAAUAAUAAUAAUAAUAAUAAUAUAUAUGU